AUGCCUCCGUUUCCAACUUCUGCUCUACGAUCACCAUUGCCAAUCGAUUAUGGCCCAGAGGACGAGGACGAACACGGUCACCUACGGCUGAAACCCUCGUCAGUGCUUUGCAAUCGUUACAAAGUCUUGACCCAGAUCAAUAGUGGAACUUUUGGGCAGGUCUGGUCGGUAAUUGAUUUGUGGUCUUCUGAAGGUCUAAGAUAUGCUAUGAAGGUCCCUUUCCGCAAGGAUAGAAGGGACGACAUGCCGGACCAGCAGCUACAAGGUUCCAAGAAGGAGUUGGCUAUCCUGAGAGAACUGAACAUGCUGAACAAGUUCCAAAAUGAGGGACUUAGAAUGAACAAUUUUCGUCCUUUUUCAAAUGAACAGGCGAUUCAUAUCUCGAAACAACUGUUGGACGCUGUACGAUUUGUUCAUUCGCUGAACAUUCUGCACGCAGAUAUCAAACCGUCGAAUAUUGCUUUUGUGCAUGGUGACUAUGUGGAAAUGCCUGUCAAUGACACCAAUGUGGAGUUUGGCGGAAAAACGCAACCACAAAAUUCCGCGUACAAAGUUUUAAUUCAGACUCAAAUUCGACUGGUAGACUUUGGAGCAGCUCGGAACUUGAGGGACUCAUAUACUCCGACGGAAGGAAAAGUCGGAACUCGCGAGUAUCGACCCCCAGAAUCAAUUUUACAGCUUACAUUUGACACGUUAGCUGAUAUUUGGAGCGUUGGAUGUACUCUGUUUGACGUCUGGAUUGGAUCUACUUUGUUUGAAGGUGUCCAAAACGGUAAUCAAUGUUUGCACAGAAUGGAAUACGAGCUUGGACCAAUGUCGACCAGAUACUUGGAGACACUUUCUGAGGAAUUCAUGGCUGAACGAAGGCUGGUAGAAGACGAAUCUGGGAGUCAUCAUCGUGAGCCAUCUUCCUCUCUUUUAAUUGCUUUCAAAUUGAUCGAAAAGAUGCUUCAGUACGAAGCACGAAGCCGACCAACUGCAAAGCAAGCUCUAAACGACUGUUUAUUUCAACACUCGCAGAACAACAAAGUGACAUAA